GGGGACUGACGCGGCGCUUCGGGCGCUUUCCCUCCGGGUCCCUCCCGGGGCUGCUUCUCCACCUGCCGCCCGAGGGUUUCCCCGGGCCUCAGUUUUUCCUCUGUUCCUAACUACGGAGCGCACUGAGUCCUUGUAGAGCUGGAGGCCGUGGUCCUCAGUUUCCCCGCGGGUUCCAGCAGCCCUGACCACCGUCCCCUCCCCACCCCGCACUCGCCAGGAUGCAGCCCCACAGGCCGUGCGGCCACUAGGCAGGUCCGGGGCCUCAGUUUCCUCGGCCAGACGAUCACGGCUCUCUGGCUUCCGUUUCCCCAAAUGAUCCGGGAGGAUUGAUCUUUUGUCCUGACUCGGUCUCCCGCGCGCGGCCUCAGUUUCCCCGCAAGUCCGCCGCAGGGGCCCUCCCCCUUCCCUCCGCCCUCCACCCCGCGGCGGCGGCCCCUGGAGGCGGGGCCGGGUCAGUGCGGGAAGAAAGCGCGGGCGCGGCCAUGGCAGCCCCGGAGCCGCUGUCCCCCGCGGGCGGCGCGGGCGAGGAGGCCCCGGAUGAGGACGAGGACGAGGCGGAGGCCGAGGACCCCGAGCGGCCGGCGGGGGCCGGCGGGGGGCGCGGCGGCGGCGGCGGCGGCGGGGCCGGGCCGGGGGUCUGCGGCGGGCUGGGGGGCGCGCUCACCCGGCGCGCCGUCACGCUGCGGGUGCUGCUCAAAGACGCGCUGCUGGAGCCCGGCGCCGGGGUGCUGUCCAUCUACUAUCUGGGGAAGAAGUUCCUGGGGGACUUGCAGCCGGAUGGGAGGAUCGUGUGGCAAGAAACUGGGCAGGUUUUCAAUUCCCCCAGUGCCUGGGCUACCCACUGCAAGAAGCUGGUCAACCCAGCCAAGAAGUCCGGCUGUGGCUGGGCCUCCGUCAAAUACAAGGGCCAGAAACUGGACAAGUACAAGGCCACCUGGCUCCGACGACAUCAGCUUCACAUGGCGGUAGCUGCCGCGGAUGAGAGCCCCGCCAGCGAAGGGGAGGAGGAGGAGCUGCUGAUGGAAGAUGAGGAUGAGGAGGUGGUGGCGGGGGUCUCAGUGGAGGAUAAGAACCGGAGACCUCAGGGGAAGGGCCUCUCGGAGCCUGCACACCCAGAGGCCAUGCCCCCAGGGAAGCGGGUGGAGAGCAAGCUGCGGGUGCCCGUGCGCUACUGCAUGCUGGGCAGUCGUGACUCUGCCAGGAACCCCCACACCCUGGUGGAAGUAACUUCCUUCGCAGCCAUCAACAAGUUCCAGCCGUUCAACGUGGCCAUUUCCAGCAACGUGCUCUUUCUGCUGGACUUCCACAGCCACCUGACACGGAGUGAGGUUGUGGGCUACCUCGGGGGCCGCUGGGACAUCAACAACCAAAUGCUUACCGUGCUGAGAGCCUUCCCAUGCAGGAGCCAGCUUGGGGACCCUGACACUGCGGCCAGCAUUGAAGAGGAGAUCUACCAGAGCCUGUUCCUGCGGGGGCUGUCGCUGGUGGGCUGGUACCACAGCCACCCGCACAGCCCGGCGCUGCCCACACUGCAGGACAUCGACGCGCAGAUGGAGUACCAGCUGCGGCUGCAGGGCUCCAGCAACGGCUUCCAGCCCUGCCUGGCCCUGCUCUGCUCCCCGUACUAUCCAGGCAACCCGGGCCCCGAGUCUAACAUCUCUCCCUUCUGGGUGAUGCCACCCCCCGAGCAAAGGCCCAGUGACUACGGCAUCCCCAUGGAUGUGGAGAUGGCUUAUGUCCAGGACAGUUUCCUGACCAAUGACAUCCUGCAUGAGAUGAUGCUGCUGGUGGAGUUCUACAAGGGCGCCCCGGACCUCGUGAGCUUCCAGGAGCCCUGGAGCCAGGAGCACAGCUACCUGGACAAGCUCAAGAUCUCCCUGGCCAGCAGGACGCCCAAGGACCAGGGUGUGGGCCACGUGCUGGAGCAGGUCUGCGGUAUCCUCAAGCAGGCCGGCUGCCCCUCGUCCCUGUGACUCAGGCUUGGAUAAUAAAGCACAAGCAGCCGGCAGCCAUGAGCAACGCUUUGGUGUGGGUUGUGCGGGCAGGCCAGCAGCUCCCCACUCCCCUGGCACCCAGUGAACC